UUUCUCGGCUGUUCGCUCAUUGCUCCGAGUAUUUUUACCCUCAUUAAGGCACUGUGGAAAAUUACAUUUAAAGACUCAAAGACACCCAAGAGGCUAACCCUUUUGUGGGUGAUCUUCACAGAGUUCCUGGUGGCCUUUGGAACAGCAUUACUCAUCUUAAUUGCUAUGCCUGACUUUGAUGUCCUCACCAAUGUGGCCAUACUGAACACAGUGGGCAUCUUGUCCGCCAUGCUUCAAAUGGUUGGCAACAUCAUCACCAAGGAGAGAACGAGAUUCACUGUAACAUCUCUCCUGGCUGUCGUCUUUAUGAUAUGUGGCUAUGUGCUGUUUAUCAUUGGAUACCUGUUACAAACUAACCAAAUGGGACUGUCGAUUGGACUGGCUAUAGUUGGAACUUUGUGCAUUUCCUUUAACUGGUGGGAGAACUACAGCAUGCUGUUUAAGGGUGGGUUCUUGCAAAGAAUCGCAGAGGACAUCAGGAGAUCCCGGAAUAUGAUCUGCAUUAUUUCCAGUGUUGUUCGUAUUGCCGUCACAGCUGCUGUCCUUGGAGCUUACGUGAAGCUGUCGGCACAGGAUUGGUCGAGUGUCCUAUCUCCCUUGGAGCAAAGCAAGCCCAUCAUACUGAGCUUGUUUGCCAUCCAGGUUAUUUCCACAGCCCUCUGCCACGGUCUUGCGGUAGCAGCCUGUAAAAUGCAUGAGGUUCGCCGCGGCUUUGUUGCACCCUUGUGGCUCAUUUCACCCAUUGUCCUGAUUACGUUCCCAAUAAUCUUUGUAGUUCACCGUGGUGCAAACUCAAGCAGCAGCUACUGUUACCAGCUGGAAAACAGUCAAAACGUCACAUUUUUCCAGCUGCUUGAGGAUGUGGAUUGGACAAUCUGUGCCCGCGAUAUCUUUCAGAAGCAGAACCAAAUGAGUAUGGUCAUAGUAGGGGGCUCCCUCUUCUGCUGGUGGAUCGGACUUGUACUGUGCACCAUUUACACUUGUUUCAUCAAAGUCUACCGGAUUGAAAGAUCCCGGGACCUGUUUGUGCGGCAAGGGUACGAGGCAGCCUUCAUCGACCAGGGGAUGCUGCUCAACACGCGUUUUAAGAUCCAGCUUUCCAAAAAGGCUUCCAGUGACAGAAAGGAAACAGUGAUGAUCAAGUUGUGUGCAACGAUGUGGCACGAGACCUAUGAUGAAAUGAUGAAGAUUAUCAUCUCCAUGUUCAGGAUGGAUAAAUUUCGCCCAAGGAGAAACCAUUUUAACGACGUCAGUUUCGACUUCCACAUUUUCUUCGACGACUCCUUCUACACCAUGGAGGGCAGUGGAGAGCGCCAUGUGAACGAAUACGUGGAGACCCUGGCGGAGGUCAUCAACGAGGUCUACAUGAUAUUCAGUGAAGACAAUCAAUCCAUCUUCAAGGAAAUGGCUCAGCUUCCAGAACAGAAGGUCAUACAGACGCCCUAUGGAGGCCGGAUCCGCUACACACUUCCACAUGGCAACAUUUUGACCGCUCACCUGAAAGACAAGCAGCUCAUCCGUCACCGGAAACGGUGGUCUCAGGUCAUGUAUCUGUACUAUUUCCUUGGCUGGAAACUCAACAGGAAGUAUUGCCAAAGGUAUCAGAAUGGAGAAAACAAGAGCACCCUGGAGAAGAGCUGGGCGAAAGAAAAGCAGAACACAUGCAUUUUGGCACUAGAUGGCGAUACUGACUUCCAGCCGUCAGCAGUCAUGCUGUUGGUCGACCGGAUGAGAUUGUAUCCUGAAGUUGGUGCGGUCUGUGGAAGGAUCCAUCCAACAGGUGUAGGCCCCAUGGUCUGGUACCAGAAGUUCGAAUACGCGGUGGGCCACUGGCUGCAGAAGUCGGCAGAGCACGUGUUUGGCUGCGUGCUGUGCAGUCCCGGCUGCUUCAGCCUGUUCCGUGCCGAGGCGCUCAUGGACGACAACGUCAUGAAGAUGUACACCACCAAGCCCACAGAGGCCAUCCACUACCUGCAAUACGACCAGGGAGAGGACCGCUGGCUGUGCACACUGCUGCUCCAGCAAGGCUGGAGGGUGGAGUACAAUGCCGCCUCAGAUGCCUACACCAACGCCCCACAGGAGUUUAAGGAGUUCUACAACCAAAGGCGGCGCUGGGGACCCUCCACGCUGGCUAAUACGCUAGACCUCUUGAACACAGCGUCUGUAACAGUGCAGAAAAACAAAUCGAUAUCCAAACCGUACAUUCUCUAUCAGAUCAUCAACACAGCAGCUUCUAUUCUUGGCCCAGCUACUGUCUGCCUGAUGAUGGCAGGUUGUUUCACAUUUGUCUUCAACAUUAACGUGAACGUUGGCCUCUUGCUGGCAAUUUUGCCAGCAGCCAUUUACCUGAUCCUGUGCUACAAGCUGAAAGCUGACACCCAGAUCACCAUCGCAGCCCUUAUGAGCCUCGGAUACGCGUUCCUCAUGACGGCGGCCAUUUUGUCCAUCAUAGGGAAUCUGGUCAUAAACUCGACCUUCAUGACCCCCAGUGGCCUCUUCCUCAUUGGGAUCACGGUCAUUUACUUCACCACCGCAGUGCUGCACCCCCAGGAGUUCCCUCUGAUCAUUUACGGGCUCCUCUACUUCAUCUGCAUCCCGAGUGGCUAUGUCCUGCUUCCCAUCUACUCCAUGGUGAACUUGAACAAUGUAUCCUGGGGAACACGGGAGACAGCCAGUGCCGCCAAGCCUACGCCCGCCAGCACCCCAGUGGUGAAGUACAAGAGAAGCUGCAGGUGCUGCUGCUGGAAUAUCCGCUUCCAGGUGGACGAGGACGUGAAGGUGGUCGUAAUUCCUGGAGAUGUUCCGACCCCGAUGAUGACUCAGUUGGAUGAGAAGGAGCAACGGUUGUUUGACAACAGGGAGAAAGAUUCCUCAGAAAUGUGUAAGUAACACUAUACAGCCUACACAGAGUGCUAACCCAACCUCUGUAAAAACUCAGCACUGUAAACUUACUGCAUAUAGGAGCAAGCUCUUGGUAUAAGCAACACUCAUACGGU